AUGCCAUACCAACAACAAAAGCUAAAGGUCGCCAUCGCCGGCCUGGGCCGCAUGGGCGCCCGUCACGCAAACCAUUUCUACGCCCUGACUCCGCGAGCAGAUCUCGUCGCCGCCUCGUCGCCCGAAGCCCACGAGCUCGCGGCCGCCGAGGAGAACUUCCCGGGGAUCCGAACAUACCUCGACUAUGACGAGAUGCUGGACGCAGAAUGUACCCGCGGGUUGGAGGCCGUGGUCGUCGCCAGCGCCACGGCCGUGCAUUCGGAACAGGCCAUCAAAGCCAUCAAGAGAGGGUUGCAUGUGCUGUGCGAGAAGCCCCUAAGCACGGGUGUCGAGAAGUCGCAAGCCGUCGUCGACGCGUACGCUUCAUCGCUUCAACGGUACCCGUCGCAGAAGGUCGUCUGCGGGUUCUCGCGCCGCUUCGACGCCUCGUACCGCGACGCCCACGAAAAGAUGAGCGCCGGCCUGAUCGGCGUCCCGGCCGUGUUUCGAAGCCAGACGUGCGACAAGCUCGACCCGACGGGGUUCUUCGUCGAGUACGCCCAGUUCUCCGGCGGCAUCUUCGUCGACUGCUCGAUCCACGACAUUGACUUGGCCCUGUGGUUUUUCGGCGAGGACAGCCGCGUCAAGAGCGUGACCGCGGUUGGCAUCACGGCCGUCGAGCCGGGCCUGAGAAAGUACAACGACCGCGACAAUGCGCUGGGCCUGGUGGAGUUUUAUGGAGGCAAGAUCGCACAGUUGUUUUGUUCGAGGAUGAUGGCCGCUGGACAGGAGGAUUCCACCGAGAUCACAGGCACAAAGGGAAAACUGGCAAUCAAUACGCAACCGCUAACCAACCUGGUCAACAUCUACGAACCGACCGGCAUCCGACGCGAGAUCCCACCGCACUACUACGGCCGAUUCAGAGACGCGUUCAUCACCGAGGCCAACGAGUUCACGGCGUGUUGUCUGGACGACCUGCCUCUGCCUAUGAAGCUUGAAGGCGCCGUGACCGCCGUGAGGAUCGGGUGUGCGUUGCAAGAGGCCUUGAUCAGCGGGAAGAAGAUCGAGUUCAACGAGGAUGGUUCCAGGGUGGUGGUGGACUCUGCCGGUGAGCUUAGGGCUAGGUUGUGA